CGUCGUAGCCUCAUAUAAUGGAAGAAUGACCAAAACAAAGUCUUCUCUUCUUCAAUUUGUUGUACUGGUUUUUUUGCAUAGCGUGUCUGCAAUUAUUAUUAUUAGUGUGAACAUUAAAUUUCGUCCUUAAAAGACUUCCAUAAGACUAUCAAGACUGCAUACUUGGGGAUCCAUACCAUUUCACAUCUUUGUGAUAUUGAGCCAGCCAAAUAAAAAAUAAAAUAAAAAAUUGCCCCCCAGAAUAGCAAUUUCACAUGCUUUUGUUUCUGCUAUUUUGAGGUUUUUUUUUGUUCUUGAUUACCCAUCUUUAUAUAGAAGCUACAACAAAUGGCCUACUUGAUGAUGUCACUUUGAGAUCAAGAAUCCAAGUUUAAAUAAGCUCUGAUUUUGGUUUUGGUUUCACCUGAAGCAGCUUUUGAAUUGAUAUCAUAUACAGAAGGUCAUUGUUGCAUCCUAAAGUUAUGACUUGCUUUCCUUUAUUCUGUAGAAAAAGUCAGUCAUCAACUAGGCAUGCAUCCGAAUUUGAUGGUGAGCUCUCUGGCGUCAAGAAUGUCACUCUUUUCUCCUAUAAGCAGUUAACAAUUGCCACAGAUUAUUUUAGUCCGGUCAAUAAAAUUGGAGAAGGUGGAUUUGGUUCUGUUUAUAAGGGAAGGCUAAAAAGUGGAAAGAUGGCUGCUAUAAAGGUUCUUUCAAGUGAAUCAAAGCAGGGUGUUAGGGAGUUCUUGACAGAAAUUAAAGUGAUAUCAGAGGUUGAACAUGAAAAUUUAGUCAAACUCUAUGGCUGUUGUAUAGAAGACGAUCACAGGAUAUUGAUCUACAACUAUCUUGAAAAUAACAGCCUUGCUCAAACCCUUCUCGGUGGAGGACACAGUAGUAUCCAGUUCAGUUGGCGAACACGGACUAAAAUUUGCAUCGGAGUUGCAAAGGGGCUAGCUUAUCUCCAUGAACAAGUGAAGCCACAUAUAAUUCACCGUGAUAUCAAAGCGAGUAAUAUUCUCCUUGACAAGGACUUGACACCCAAGAUUUCAGAUUUUGGCCUGGCAAAGCUCAUUCCCCCCAACGCCACUCAUGUUAGUACACGCGUCGCAGGAACCAUUGGUUAUUUGGCACCAGAGUAUGCAAUUAGAGGCCAGGCAACACGCAAAUCAGAUGUUUACAGUUAUGGUGUUCUUCUGAUAGAAAUCGUGACUGGAAGAUGCAACACAAACUCACGUUUACCUAUUGAAGAACAAUAUCUCCUUGAAAGGACAUGGCAGCUUUUUGAAAGAAAGGAGCUGGUUUUGUUAGUAGAUACAUCACUAGAUGGGCAUUUUGAUGCUGAACAGGCCUGCAAGUUCUUGAAAAUCGGGCUCCUCUGCACUCAAGAUGCCUUAAAGCUUCGGCCAUCCAUGUCGACUAUUCUCAAGAUGUUAACCGGUGAGAUGGAGGUCGAUGACAAUAAGAUAACAAAACCAGGCUUGAUCUCUGAUUUCAUGGAUCUCAAGAUUAAAAACGUCCCUAAAGAUCGUCCUGAACACAUUAACGCAGUGUAUGAUUAUGUGUUAUCUACGGACAAUACAACAACUUUGCCAUCCACGAGUUCUUCACAAGGUAACUCGACGUUCACAACUGCUGCAUAUGAUCAAAGCAUUUGAGCUAAAUUUUGGUGUGGAGAAAUAGUUUGUAUUUGGUUGAAUAUUACGUUCAACUUUGUAAUAUUCUUUCUUUUUUUGGGGUAUCUUGGGUUGAUCAGUAUCUGUAAAUUGUUCAGAUGUUUUAUUGAAGUUGUUAGAUAUAGUGUAUGUUGUAAAUUUGAGGUGUUGAAUUCGAGAAACGUAAUUCUCUUCGGACCUCUUCCAUGAUAUAGAAAUUUUUAGUGUACCGAAAUGCUUUUUGUAAUUCAAAUGAAAAGUAAUUAAUAAAAGCACAACCCCUCUUGUUAUGAUCAAUACAUAA